AUGUCUUCUGCACGCACCCGUAAGGCUGCUGCCCCUGCAACAAAGAAGUCAAAUGCAAAACCUGCCAAAGCCGUGAAGAAGGCACCCUCCAAGGCGAAAGAGCUAGAGGAAGAGGUCAUUGACGACGGCCCAGAGCUCGAGUCCGAACCCGAGAUCGAAAAGCCCAAGCCUGCCACAAAGUCGGCUGCGCGUCCUACUGCAAAGUCCACAAAGCGAAAGGCCGAAGAUGAUCUCGAGGACGAGCCGAAGACCAAUGGUGUCAAGCGAGUCAAGUCGAGAACCACAACUCCCGUCUCUGAGCCCGAACCUGCGCCUGCGCCGGCGAACGCGACCACCAAAGCCAAAGCUGCUGCCACCAAGACAACCAAGCCAGCUGCGACUGAAGCACCAACAAAAUCCACGGCUCCAAAGACCACUAAACCAGCUGCUGUAACAAAAACUGCCACAAAGACCAAAGCCAAGGCCAAGGUCGAGAUCAACCAUGCUCCCACUGAAAAAUUGAAUGUCUAUGUUUUCGGAGAAGGUUCAUCAGGCGAGUUGGGUCUGGGAAGUGCAAAGGGACAGACUGAAGUCAAAAGACCUCGCUACAAUCCAAAUCUCAGCCCCGAGACUGCCGGUGUCGUCGCUCUCUCAGUCGGUGGAAUGCAUACUGCGGCUCUCACUCAUGACAACAAAAUUCUGACCUGGGGUGUCAAUGAUCAAGGUGCUCUUGGACGUGAUACUGCUUGGGAUGGCGGUCUUCGAGACCUUGCCGACGAUGCUAGUGACAGCGAUUCGGACAGCGGCUCAGAAACUGCCAUCAACCCCAAAGAGUCCACCCCAGCAGAAGCCGAUUUCACCGGAUUGCCCACCGAUCUCAAAUUCACUCAGGUCGUCACCACGGACAGUGCUACGUUUGUUCUUACUGCCGAGGGUGAUGUCUAUGGUUGGGGCACUUUCCGUUCCAAUGAAGGCAUCUUCGGAUUCGACAACACUACCUUGAUCCAACUACGUCCCAAACUCGUCAAAGGUCUCAAGAAGGUCAUCAAGCUUGCUGCUGGUGCCAACCAUGUCCUCGCUCUUCAGAGCAAUGGAGUUGUCUAUGGAUGGGGCUCAGGUCAACAGAAUCAACUUGGACGUAGAAUUUUGGAAAGGCGUGCAACCAACAGUCUUGUACCCAUGCCGGUUGGUUUGCCAAAGAAAAUCAUCGGUCUUGGUGCUGGUGCUUACAACUCUUUUGCUAUGCGUGAGAAUGGUGAUGUUUUCUCAUGGGGCCUCAACAACUUUGGUCAAACUGGCAUUCCCAAAGAAUUUGAUGAAACAGGCGCCAGCAAAGGUGCUGAUGUCCAUGCUCCCAUGAUCAUCGAAGGAUUGGAGGGCAAGGGCAAUGUGACUUGCAUUCAAGGCGGAGCUCACCACACCGUGGCUUGCACCGACAAGGGAGAACUACUGGUUUGGGGACGACUCGACGGCUACCAGCUCGGGCUCAAGGUCUCUGAUCUACCACAAGACGAGGUUGUUCGUGACUCGGCUGGAAAUCCACGAAUUCUUACUGUUCCAACUCAAAUCCCCGAUAUUCAUGCCAUACAGGUUGCAGCUGGUUCUGAUCAUUGUGUGGCUGUCGAUAAGAAUGGAAAGGCGUACGCCUGGGGAUUCAGCACCACUUUCCAAACCGGACUCGGCACUGAUGAUGAUGUUGAACUUGCCACCAUGAUCGACAACACAGCCGUCAGAGACAAGAAGUUGGUUUGGGCUGGAGCAGGUGGUCAAUUCAGCGUCAUUGCUGGGCUGGCCGAUACUCCCAUGACCAACGGUAUUAAUGGACACGCUUGA